UAAUUUCGGUGAAAAUUUGUUUUAUAAUACCGUUUAUAUAUUAUCGCUAAAAAUGUCUUAUAAAGCACAUUUGGAUAUGGAAAUACGAAAAUUGAGGCCCGCUGAGUUAUAUACUUUAGGAAGUAUGUUAAGCAUUUCUGAUUCUUGGAAGAAGCUAAUGUCUAUUGUGCUUAAAGAAGGAAAUGUUCCUAAAUUUAGUAGUGAUCAUAUCAGCAUCAUCGAACAAACAGCAAGUAGCGAUAAACGCAAUGCAGCUCAAAUAUUUUUGGAUGAGUGGAGUACUAUGGAGAAAAAGAGACCAACAUUAAAAUUAUUACAAGAACUUCUUGUAAAAGCAGAGUUAUUUAGAGCUGCUGAUUAUGUGGCAUGUGAUAUAUUAAAACAGGAAAGACCAAAGAGGCCAGAUUAUGGUCCAGCUCAUUCUAUUGAUACAAGUGAUACAAUCAUAAAUAAAUUACUAGAUAAUCAAAUGCUUCCACAGGAUACAUUUGCUAAUCGUACGAUAUUAAAACCAACAUCAGAGCUGAUUUCAGAAAUUAAUAGAAUAUGUUCUUCUGAAAAACCUGCAGCUGUACAGGCAGUGCAAAAUUAUAGAUGUGAGGAAUUAUCAUCUGAAGAACUGCCAGUAGUUCUUAACAACUAUAAAUAACUUGUAAAAACAGUGCUCAAUGUUUAUUUAUUUGA